AUGAGCGAUACCAAGGACACCAUCACGGGCCCGGGGGAAGGACAGGUUCAUCCGGAUGCGCCUGUGAAAGCAUCUGCUCCGCAAUGGGCAAACCUUCGAAGAGUGCCCGACAAGCUUCCAACCGUUGCACUGUUGAUUCUUGUUGUAGAGCUUGGCGAGCGAUUCACAUAUUUCGGUCUCAGCGGACCGAUUCAGAAUUAUAUCAAUAACCCAUAUGAUCCCUCCUCCGAUCUUCCUGGUGCACUUGGCCGCGGCCAAGCCGUUGCGACAGCUUUGGGCAACUUCUUCAAGUUUUGGGCCUAUGCAUCCACCGUUAUUGGAGCCAUUGUAGCAGACCAGUACCUUGGGAAGUUCAAGGCGAUCCUUGCAGCUUGCGCUGUGUACAUCGUCGGCUUGAUCAUCCUCGUGGCAACCUCGACACCCGCUUCGAUCAGCAGUGGGGCGGGCUUCGGUGGCUUGAUUGCUGCCAUGAUCACGAUCGGGCUAGGAACCGGUGGUAUCAAAGCCAACGUGACGCCCAUGUGCGCCGAGCAGUAUCGAAACUCGAGCCCUGUUGUCCGAACUCUCAAGUCUGGCGAAGAAGUCCUGGUGGACCCCGAACUCACGGUUCAAAGGUUGUUCAUGUGGUUCUACUGGGUAGUCAAUAUUGGUGCUCUAUCACCGUUGAUUACUGUCAAUGUGGAAGCGCACCACUCGUUCUGGCUGGCUUAUUUGAUUCCGCUCAUCGCAAUCAUUAUAUCGGCCGGCGUGUUCAUCUCAGGGCAGAAGAAAUACGUCAGAGUCCCGCCUGAAGGUUCUGCAAUCAUCGACGCGGUUCGUGUAACACGCAUCGCCAUGAAAGAAAAGGGGUUCGAGAAUGCCACCCCUUCGGCGCUCAGAGACUCUGGACGCGAUACAAACUACGCUAUUGCGAGUGAGGCUCGCUAUACAGACGACUAUGUCAUGGAUGUGAUGCGGGGGCUGAAGAGCUGCAAGAUGUUCCUCUUCUUCCCGCUUUAUUUCAUCUGCUGGAUUCAGAUCUGGAACAACCUCAUAUCCCAAGCCGGCGAGAUGGCGUUGCACGGAACCCCGAAUGACCUCCUCCAGAAUCUGGAUCCCAUAGCCCUGACGGCCUUCAUCCCGUUGCUCGAUAUGGUGAUUUACCCUCUUUUCCGAAAGCAUCGUAUCGAUUUCGACCCGGUCACCAGAAUAUUCGUCGGGUUCCUGUUCGCGUCGUUUUCCAUGGUCUAUGCUAGUGUGCUGCAGCAUUACAUCUAUAACUCCCCUCCCAAAAGCAUCCACGUUUGGAUCCAGGCACCCGCAUACAUCCUCGUGGCGUUUUCAGAGGCGUUCAUUAUCGUCACUGGGCUUGAGCUAGCCUUCACUCAGGCACCGAAGAACCUGCGAUCAGUUGUCUCUGCUCUGUUCUGGUUGACUAUUGGUGUCGCGGCGGCCAUUUGCAUUGCGCUUGCGCCAGUCUCCCAGGACCCUUAUUUGGUAUGGAUGUACGCGUCUUUGGGGAUCAUAGGUUUCGUGGGUGGAUGCGCCUUUUAUGCUUGCUUCUACCCAAGAAGGAAGAAUCGUGACACCGUGGAAGAGAUUAUUGACGGCAGAAGGCCAUAG